AUGUGCAGACUUUCUUUGUUUCUUCUCAGGACAAAUCCUUCCUCGCCGGUAGACUCGUCUCACAAGCCCUCAUAUCUGAAGCUCAGCUGCUCAGUCAGUGGCUACGGCAAGUACAGUUACUACAGCACAUAUAAGGAUAUCACCAAACGCUCGCCCAGCCUCGGCCAGAUCACACUAAGGUCGGAUCUGAGCUCAUCCACACCCAGCAUACUGACAGCACAUAUACCAAGAAGCAUAUCCAGCUCGGAUUACGUGACCAGGGCUCGACUAGCAGAAUCAAAUGUCUCCAGUAUCAGAAGUCGCAGCCAGGUCAACUCUCCCACCAUCAUUGUUAAUGGGCACGUUGCAAAUUUUCCAACAGGCAACACGGAAAAGGAUGUGGACUAUCUGCUACGGCGCAUGCAGUUAGAGGAAUGCAGGAUAAAAGGGCUGUGCCUACAGACGGAGACAGAUCUACGGUCGCAGGAUCUGCCUGAAGAAGCUGCUGGUCGACUCAGGACGGCCAUAGGCAAGGCGAACUUGUUAGUCAGCCAGAAGUUUGUGCAGUUUAGUGAGCUUUGUCAGAACCACAUGCAACCAAAUCCCGACGAGAGAGAGACCAAGUGGGAGGAUCUUCAAGGCUUCUGGGAUAUAGUGAAGAUUCAGAUUGACAAUGUAGAUGACAUGUUCCUAGAAAUUGACCUCAUGAAGCAGAGUGGCUGGACAGAGGUACCUAAACUGCCAUCCAGAAGAAGUUCCACAAGUUCUAGCCCCCAGUCUGGCAAUAUUUCACAGAGUAGUACUCCGGCAGCGACACCAUCACACACUCCAGGUUCCAGAAGAAAGAACCUCACCCCAACCCUCAGUAAAGACACCCCAGAAUCUUCUCCGGAGAGAACCCAGGCGGCUCGUCAAGCAGCCAAGGCCAGAGAUGAAGCUAGAAAGAAGCUGUUGUUAGAGAAACGGGCAGCCAUGAAACAGGCCUCAGUCGCUGCAAACAGCCAGGAGCAGGAAGUGGAGAUCUUUCUACCAGAGCAGUCCAAGAAGUAG